UAAUGUUUAUCGUAGGCGAUAAGCACGAUAGGCACGCUAAAUAUUCUGAACAUAGCACGAAUAUGUGUCGAAAAAAAUCUUUAUGAGAUGUAGUGGAUUUUCAGGAAAACUGAAGUGCAGUUUGCUCUUUGUGAGGCCGCCCCAAAUGGUGCGAAAAUAUGCCGAAGACGUACGAUGUUCGCGUGACAACUCUCGAUGCAGAGUUGGAGUUUUCUGUCGAGAGAAACUGCACGGGAAAGGAUCUGUUUGAUCUUGUUGUGCGAACAUUAGGCGUGCGAGAAACGUGGUAUUUCGGUUUGCAGUUUGUAGACAAAAAAGACAUCGUUACGUGGUUAAAAUUCAACAAGAAGGUUUUAGAUCAAGAUAUUCCAGUGGUCAAGGAUGAACCAGUCAGCCUUAAUUUCCACAUUAAGUUCUUCCCUGAGGAUGUGGCAGAAGAACUGAUGCAAGAAAUAACCCAGCACUUGUUUUUCUUACAAGUGAAGGAUGCCAUUCUAAAUAUGGAUAUUUUCUGUCCUCCAGAGGCUUCUGUUCUCCUUGCUUCAUAUGCAGUACAGGCUAAGUAUGGAGAUUAUGACAAAGAGUUUCACACACCAGGAUUUCUGGCAAAAGAUUUACUGUUACCACAGAGGGUUAUUGACCAAUAUCAGAUGACCUCAGACAUGUGGGAAGAGAGAAUCACCUCAUGGUAUGCUGAACACAAGGGAAUGAGAAGAGAUGAAGCUGAGAUGGAAUACCUAAAGAUUGCACAAGAUCUUGAGAUGUAUGGUGUAAGCUAUUUUGAAAUCAAGAACAGAAAAGGAACUGAACUGUGGCUUGGUAUUGAUGCACACGGCCUCAACAUUUAUGAAAAAGAAAAUAAGCUCAAUCCUAAAAUUUCUUUUCCAUGGAAUGAGACAAAGAAUAUCUCCUUUCACGAUAAAAGGUUUCAGAUCAAACCAGCUGAUAAAUCUUCGCCAGAUUUUAUAUUCCAUGCGGCAAAACUAAGAGUUAACAGAGUGAUUCUUGACUUGUGUGUGGGUAACCAUGAACUUUUCACGCGAAGGAGAAAGCCUGAUACGAUGGAGAUACAACAGAUGAGGUCACUGGCCAAAGAAGAGAAAAUGAGAAGACAGAUAGAGAGAGACAAGCUUAUGAAAGAACAGCAAGCACGUGAAGAAAUGGCGCAACAGAAGGAAGAUUUGGAGAGGAGAUUAAAUGAAUUUCAAGAUGAAGCAAAUAGAUCUAAAGAGGCUCUGAUCAAGGCUGAGGAAAUGGGGGAAUUAUUAGCAGAGAAAGCUAGAGUCGCUGAAGAAGAAGCGGCGCUACUCGGCAAAAAAGCUUCUGAUGCUGAAGAAGAAAUAAAAAGACUCAGAUUGUGCGUUAGUAAGUCAGGAGAUGAGCGAAUUGCGAGUGAAAGAAGAGCACGUGAAGUCGCUGAAGAAAGAUUAAGACGAGUCAUGAAAGAAGCUGAAGCCAGAGCGAGGGAAAAUCUUAUGCUGAGAGAAGAUUUAAUGAAGUGCAGACAAGCUGAGAGGCUAGCGAAACAAAAGUUGAUGGAAAUGACUUCAUCCCCUGACUUUUUUUCUAGGUACGGUGAUCCUAGGGAAAUAAUCGCUGAUAUUGACCGCAGUGUUGAGCAGUUAACAGAUGGCGAAGUUUCUCAGCUUUCACGAGAUUACGAGAGAGAAAGAAACAGAAAUAUACAGCAGCAGUUAAGAGAUCUCAAAUCCCAAAUGGAGGGACUAAAGAUAGAUGACAGACAAACACGCUGGGAUUACAUUCACGAUGAAAACAUGAGACGUGGGGAAGAUAAAUAUUCUACCUUACAGAAGAUUCAAACAGGAACGUCUACGGCAAGAAUUCAAUUUUUUGAAGAGUUAUGAUAGAGUAUCUUUGGAGGCUAUUUAAUUCCGGCAUUAUGCGUUACUGAUAUAUUUAAUGCAGAUUGUACAAGUUCACUCAUCAUUCUCCACGGUGAUCGAGGCCCGUAAAUAUGUAAAAGGAUAUCUGUUUAUUUUAGUGAAAUCUAGCGCUCUUGGUUGGUAAUUUCGUGCGCGGCGUCCUGUAAGAUGAAAUCUGUGUAAAAUCUGUAACACUGUGGAAUUCAAGAGACAGUGUCACAAAUGUUUGCAUUAGGUCAGAAAAUAUGUGUAAAAUUGCACAGGUCUUUCAAAGAAACAAUCAAAUGGAGAUAGAACUACUUGAAGUUGCAGACAAGUCAUUCUACUUUGAGAAAAAAUGCUCAAAUUUUUGUUAGGAAGUAUGCAAUAGAGCUAAAUACGUAUGGGUUAUAAUGGGCGUGGAAGAGGAUAGCUGCCUCAAUUCUAGUAUUUUAGUAUUUUAUAUGAGUUGUAACUACUGACUACCGGGAGUAUUAAUUUGUAAUACUUACUUAAACUUAGAAGGACCUAAACAACAACAUCUCUUGAGUAUCUUUCAAGAAAGUACAGCAGCCAUUUAAGUAAAAGUUUGCGACAUUGAUUAAUUUAUUUGAAAUGGUUAUUAAAGACUUCGGACGGCUGUGUUAUCUCAGUUUCCCUAUCAACUUUCAGCAGGGCAUAUUUAUUGCUUUCUAAUUUCACAUCUCGCUUAAAAACCAAGUCACAGUCUCUCCUUGGAGCAUAAGCGGAUUUAGGGUAAAUGGGAUCAAUGUCAAGCACUAAGCAGGACGCUGUUAGACAUUUGCAUUGUUUAUCUUUGCUGAAGGAGGCAAUAGUAGUAGCCGGCGAAACGUCCAGCAAGUAGAACAAUACAGUUUUGGCCACUGUCAACUUUUUAAUUCUCUUUACCAAACAUUUUUAACAUGCUUGGCUAUACACCGAAUAUUUUCGGAUCAAUAUCAUCCUAAUGCAUUAGCUGUAUGUAUCUAGGUGAUUAUUUACGUGAAUAUUUAUUGUAGUACUAAUAGCAGGUUUGGGUCGGUGAAAAGCCAACUUUUUUCCAAAAAGCGGGAGGAGAGUGGGAGAAGCCUUGUCCCAGAUUUCCAUGAUUGCACGUGAUCGCCCUUUUAGCUUGCACUGACAACAUUCUCUCUUAAACAAAUAAAAAUAUGGAAGUCGUGA